GCGGACCAGAAUUGGUUUUCCCUCAUCUACAGUGCAAUCUUACCCCCAUCAAUAUUGGAUUGUGACUGAAAGAUCAAGAUACAGGACACAAUCUGCUGGAAAGGGCUUCCUCUGUGGAGGGACCAGGCUCCACCUUCCAGAUAAGGCUUCAUCCAUUUUGGCGGCCACCAGCGUGCCUGCGCAGAAAGCCACCCAGAUGAUAUUGGUCUGACGGAACAGCAAGGAGCAGACACCGAGCAGCGCUGAGGACUUGUGGCAGCCGUAGAGCAUCAUGAGAGUGACACAAAUACUUUAUAAGGAUGUCAAAAAUGCAGCAGAGUUGAGACGAAAAGCCAUGGAGGGCAACAUAAACGGUGCUCUGGUCAACCCCACGAUGCUAGUUGGUCCUUUCCAAGUGUUGGUGGCUGCAAACAAAGCUGUCCAUCUACAGACAACUGGGAAAAUGAAGACAAAAACUUUAAACGCAGAAAUAAUCUUCAAUCUCUCACCUACUAAUAAUAUCUCAGAGGCUUUUAAAAGAUUUGGCAUCUCAGAUGGUGAUCACUCCAUCCUAGUGGUUGUGGUUCACAAGAGUGAUGAAGUACAGUUUGUGUCAGACAUCAGCGCAAUGGUGGAUGGACAGCAGCUUCCAGUGGAUGAUGUGUCCUCGCUGUCUGACUUCAACAAGAUCAAAAAGCUGUUUAAAAUCACCCCUCAGGAGGAGAAAUGUGGGCCUCUGCUUGAUGCAGUCGUAUGCAGAAUGGCCAUCAAGGAUGUUUUAUAACUGCAAAGGACAGAAAACCAGAGCAGCCCUCGUGAUUUGAUGCAGUUUGUGUCAAAUGACACGCGCACUCACACAAAGCUUUGUCUCUGUGCUGAGUGAAAUGUUUUUCAUGCUUUUUGCUUAUUUCCUGGAUUUGUUCCAUACCAUGACUAUGUAAUACAGAUAAAAUGUUUAAAGGCAUUUAGAGAAAUCCUUCAAUAUUUAACAUUGUCCUCAUUUUCUACAAUAAACGGUCCUCUUUCUGAA